AUGGAUGACACUGAGGACAACGUGGUUGGAGCACUAUUCUUGCAAAAUGGAGAGGACAAUGGCUAUGAUCCAGAAGAUUUUGUAAUGGAACUGGACGUGGGUGAAUCGGUACCACGUUUUCGUAUCUCAGUAGCUGAUGACGAUGGCGGAAUUCCAGGCUCGCUCUUUGCUUGCGCUGUUUGGAAUGGAGCGAGAUUUAUAGCUAUGCAUUUUGCCAAGUACCCUGAGCUGAUUAGAGGUCGAAAGGUUGUGGAAUUUGGGGCAGCUUCAGCGUUGCCAUCGCUUGUAGCGCUCCAUGUUGGGGCCAAAGUCGCGGUUAUAACUGAUUACCCAAAUAACUUGUUAUUAAAAAAUAUUGAAACAAAUAUUAAGCGGAACAAAAGUUUGCUAGGAAGUGGAAGAUAUGAAGUUCGAGGUCACCUUUGGGGAAGUGACAUAACAGAACUAGUGACAUGUCUUCACGAGAAUGCUCACAAUGAGUCAAGAUUUGAUGUUGUGGUCGUAGCAGAAUGUCUGUGGUUACAUGACUUGCACGAAGACUUGCUUAGAUCGAUUGAUGGAUGUUUAGCAGCUAAAGGAAAGGUGUUUGUAAGCUUUGCCCAUCAUGUUCCUGGCCAUGAACAACACGACUUGGAGUUUUUUUCGAAAGCUCAAAAGUUGUACGGUUUCAAGCAAUUCACUUGGAUACUUUAG